CAUUCGCGAUCGCCCAUUCAAUUUGCGUGCAGUUCAAGUGCCAUGCAAAUGGUGAAGAGAACACAAUCCAAAUCAACGGAGUUCGAAAUUAAUUGAAUCGGUGCUUUAUGUCUGUCAUGUAAACAUCAAGAUUUAUCCAACAUGUCGGGAAUGUUUGAAGAUCGGGAGCUGACGGAGGAAGGAAAUACCACACCAGAGGGUGUUUCGUAUGGACUCUCAACAGCCUCAGAGUUUGUAGCGACCUAUGGAUGGUAUAUCUUGUUUGGUGUGAUUGGGCUAGUUUAUAUCAACAGCUGGCUGGAUACAAGACUACAAGGAUGGAAGAAACAGAGAAAGCAAGAAUCAGAUCUAAACAGCUAUAAUGCGAAUGAAGUGCUGCAGCGACAGGAGGCGAUGGAGAGAGCAAGACAGAGACUUCAGGCCAAGUAUGACGCAGAGACAGAAGAAUACGCCCAGAAACAAAAGGAGAAAGAAGAAGAGAAGAGAAAGGAAGAGAUAGAGGACUGGGAACGUCAUCAGAAAGGUCUCGGUUAUAAAUCCAAAACAAAAGCUGCCAAGGAAGCCGAACAAGCGGAGGCCCGUGGAGUUACCAGGCAGGAUAAACCAAAAAAGAAGUUAAGAGAUGAUUACAACCCACUGUGGGGAGGUCAAGGUUCAGGGUUCCGCCCGUCAGCUCGACCAAGCCGCAGCGGAGGCGGAUGAGGUUAAAGGUCGUACACAGGUCACUCAAAGGUCACUUAAUGUUCCAGUAAUGUUCUAGCAAAAUUUAUCCUACAUGUAUACUGCCUUGAUGAAUGUAUAACAUUCACAUGCUGUAGACACACAUAAGGCCUGUCCUCAUCAGCUCGAGUUUGCCGAAUAACCCGCUAUUAUAACUAUCCCGAUCGCAAAUUAACCAGUUACAUGUACUUUGUGUCUUCAUCAGCCCGCAGUUGCAAUUAGCAGGAUAUCUGGUUGAGAAAAUAUCCAGAGAAAGCUUGGUCUCGUUUCCAAAAUAUCUGGCUAUUUGGGAAUUAAGGGGCUAAUUUGCGCCCGUCCGAGUUUGUGAUGAGCGUAUCGGUCUGGUGAAGAUGCAAUUUUGAGUUUCGGGAUGAUAUCCCGAGUCUGAAAAUGGCGGGUUAUUUGCCAACUUGAGUUGAUGAAAAUAGGCCUAUAGAGGCGUCGUGGUUAAGUGGAUAUGUCAUCAGAUAUAAGAAUGUAAUGAUGCGUUUUUUCUUUCUUUCAGAAAUAUCAUAAACGUAUAUCUGCGCUAUGUGUGCUCUGCAUUUUAGAAAACUAUUUGUUUGGAAUAUAAGGAUAAUCAUUUCGUUUGGGUAGGAAAGCUGGAACAUUCUCUGACCUUAGAUCUGUGUACAUUUUUAUUUCAAAACCCAAAUUCUACAGCUGGUAAAAUUAAUUGAAUCUAUCCCUAUUCUUGCCUGAAACCCUGCAAGCAUUAUCUGAAAAUUGGUGCCAUGUAAAUGUGGAUUUAAUUUGAAGUAAA